UUCAGAACUGCCAGCAGCAACAGAGGAACUUGACAAGAGCCUCUCAGUGUGUGUGGUUGUGUGCUUAGGAUUUCUGUCAAUGCAUUCCAGUAACCCCAAAGUGAGAAAUUCCCCAUCAGGAAAUGCUCAAAGUAGUCCCAAAUCAAAGCAGGAGGUGAUGGUCCGUCCCCCUACAGUGAUGUCCCCAUCUGGCAACCCCCAGCUGGACUCUAAAUUCUCCAACCAGGGUAAACAGGGGGGGUCAACAGGCCAAUCCCAGCCCUCUCCGUGUGACCCCAAGAGUGGGGGCCAUACCCCGAAAGUGAUCCCAGGACAAGGAGGAAGCAUGGGGUUGAAGAAUGGGUCUGGCAAUGGAUCAAAAGGGAAAGGAAAGAGAGAGAGAAGCAUUUCAGCAGACUCAUUUGAACAGCGAGAUACUGGAACUCCCAGUGAUGAAUCUGAAAUCAAAGAACUUGGCUCUGCCGAUCAUCCAAAAUCACAAGAUUCCCAACAUACAGCACACUCCAUGGCACCUUCAAAUGCCUCAGCCCCACGAUCUUCCCCGCCUUCCCAUGGUCAGGCUACCACUUCAGAGCCAGGUAGCAUGCAGAAGACUCCAUCCAAAGUGGUCUAUGUCUUUUCAACGGAGAUGGCUAAUAAGGCUGCAGAAGCUGUGCUGAAGGGACAAGUGGAAACCAUUGUAUCCUUUCACAUUCAGAACAUCUCCAACAAGGUGGAACGGAACACUGUCCCUUUGAACACUCAAAUUCCACCGCUCCGAAAUGAUACAAAGCCCCAAGCUCCAUCACAGCUGCCUGCCUCCCAAGAGCAGACUCCUCCCCAGAAUGCCAAAAUGCAGCAGACUCCACCCAUUCCAGUGCCAGCACCAGCACCCAAACCUACUGGCCCUCCUUGCCCUAUUGACCAGGACAAUCCUGGGUUAGAAAGUAAAGUGAUGUCUGUAGGAAGUCCUGCAAACUCCACCCCACUGCAAACUGAAGGAUUUGGGCAAACUUCGACCCCCAAUAAUCGAGCAGUUAGUCCAGUCUCCCAAGGGAGUAAUAGUUCCACUGCAGACCCUAAAGGUCCCAACCAGCAGGUAUCUGGAGGGGAUCCACCAAAUAUGGGUGAAAAUCCAGACGGACUGUCCCAGGAACAGCUGGAACAUAGAGAACGUUCACUGCAGACUCUACGAGAUAUUCAGCGUAUGCUUUUCCCAGAUGAGAAAGAGUUUGCUGGAGGGCAAGCUGGGGGGCCUCAGUCAAAUUCUGGGGUGCUGGAUGGUCCCCAAAAGAAAUCUGAAGGGCCAAUACAGGCAAUGAUGGCUCAAUCCCAAAGUUUAGGUAAAGGGCCUGGACCCCGGACAGAAGGAGGGGCUCCCUUUGGCCCCCAAGGGCACAGAGAUAUGCCAUUCUCACCAGAUGAAGUUGGGCCACCAUCUAUAAACUCUCAGACUGGUCCUAUAGGACCAGACCACCUGGAUCAUGUAACUCCUGAACAAGUGGCCUGGCUGAAGCUGCAACAGGAGUUCUAUGAGGAAAAGAGGAGAAAGCAAGAACAGGUUGUGCAGCAGUGUUCUUUACAGGACAUGAUGGUUCACCAGCAUGGGCCUCGAGGAUUGGUUAGAGGCCCCCCACCUCCAUACCAGAUGACCCCAGGUGAGGGCUGGGGGCCUGGAGGCCCAGAACCCUUUUCUGAAAGCAUGACUAUGUCCCAUACGCUGCCCCCAAGGGGCAUGGCCCCCCAUCCCAAUGUACCUGGCAGUCAGAUGCGGCUGCCUGGAUUUGCUGGAAUGAUAAACCCUGAUAUAGAGGGCCCCAAUGUCCCGAACACUGCAUCUAGACCUGGACUUUCAGGUGUCCCUUGGCAAGAAGAUGUGCCAAAAAUUCCAGAUGGCCGAAACUUCCCUCCUGGGCAGGGUGUCUUCAGUGGCCCUGGGCGAGGGGAGAGGUUUCCAAAUCCUCAGGGUUUGCCUGAGGAUAUGUUUCAACAGCAGUUAGCAGAAAAACAGCUAGGGCUUCCCCCUGGCAUGAGCAUAGAAGGAAUCCGGCCUGGCAUGGAGAUGAACCGGAUGAUUCCCCCUCAAAGACACAUGGAGCCUGGCAAUAACCCCAUCUUUCCACGUAUGCCACUUGAAGGAUCCAUGAGCCCAUCCAGGGGAGAUUUCCCAAAAGGAAUGCCUCCUCAGAUGGCAGCUGGUCGGGAGCUGGAAUUUGGGAUGGGCCCCAGUAGCAUGAAGGGGGAUGUGAAUCUGAAUGUUAACAUGAGUUCCAAUCCACCAAUGAUACCUCAAAAGAUGAGGGAAGCUGGAGUGGGCCCCGAGGAAAUGAUGAAAAUGCGCCCAGGUAUCUCUGAAAUGCUCCCCUCUCAGCAGAAAAUGGUGCCCUUGCCAUUUGGUGAGCAUCCCCAGCAGGACUACGGAAUGGGCCCGAGACCGUUCCACCCUAUGUCUCAGGGCCCAGGUGUGGGUCUCCGGAAUCACAGAGAGCAAAUAGGGCCUGACCAAAGGACUAACAACCGACUCAGCCACAUGCCACCACUACCUCUGAACCCCUCCAGUAACCCAAACAGCCUCAACACAGCUCCUCCAGUUCAACGCAACCUGGGACGCAAACCCUUGGAUGUUUCCGUUGGUGCCAGCCAGGUUCAUUCUCCAGGCAUCAAUCCACUGAAGUCCCCCACGAUGCGCCAGGUCCAGUCUCCCAUGCUGGGUUCUCCCUCCGGGAACCUCAAGUCUCCCCAGACUCCAUCCCAGCUGGCAGGGAUACUUGCGGGCCCAACUGCUGCAGCUGCUGCUGCUUCAAUCAAAUCUCCCCCUGUUAUGGGUUCUGCUGCCGCAUCUCCUGUCCAUCUCAAGUCUCCGUCCCUCCCUGCACCUUCUCCUGGAUGGACUUCAUCUCCAAAGCCCCCACUACAGAGUCCUGGAAUCCCCCCCAACCACAAAGCGUCUCUUGCCAUGUCUUCGCCAGCCAUGAUGGGAAAUGUUGAAUCAGGUGGUGCACCCCCUUCAACGGUUAGCCAGGCUGCUCCUGUGACUCUUCCUGGAAAUCUUCCUUCUAGCAGUCCAUACACAAUGCCCCCAGAGCCCACCCUGUCUCAAAACCCUCUAUCCAUUAUGAUGUCCCGGAUGUCCAAGUUUGCAAUGCCCAGUUCUACGCCGCUCUACCAUGAUGCUAUCAAGACUGUAGCCUCCUCAGAUGAUGACUCUCCUCCAGCACGUUCCCCAAACUUGCCGCCAAUGAACAAUCUUUCGGGCACCCCUUCCUCUUUAUCCAAUGAAGUGGAAAUGAUGAGAGAGAGAGGUUCAUGUGAAUACAAUCCUGCAGCAGUAAAGUUAAGUGAGGCUGUUGUGGCUAACAUUGAGCUUUGCUGCUCUGGGAGUAGGAGCUGGACCUUUGCCAAGCAUCUCCAGAAUGACAGGCUCUACUUCUGCUCUGGACUCCCUACUCAUGGAGGAAUGGGCAUUAAUCCCCAGAAUCCUCGCGUUUCAGGUCCCAACCAGACGGGUCCGAUGCCAACUCUUAGCCCAAUGGGAAUGACUCAGCCUCUAACUCACAGUAACCAGAUGCCCUCUCCAAAUGCUAUGGGACCCAAUAUACCUCCUCAUGGGGUCCCUGUGGGACCUGGCCUGAUGUCACACAAUCCAAUGAUGAGCCAUGGUUCCCAAGAUCCACCAAUGGUACCUCAAGGACGCCUGGGCUUCCCACAGGGGUUUCCUCCAGUACAGUCCCCUCCCCAGCAGGUGCCAUUUCCACAUAAUGGGCCUAGUGGAGGACAAGGCAAUUUCCCAGCUGGAAUGAGCUUCCAUGGAGAAGGACCUCUGGGGCGUCCCACCAGCAUGCCCCAAAGUUCAGCGGAUCCAGCACUUUGCAAGUCUGGAGGUCCAGGGGGACCAGACUCUUUUACUGUCCUAGGAAACAACAUGCCUUCAGUUUUUACUGAUCCGGAGUUACAGGAAGUGAUUCGUCCUGGAGCCACUGGAAUACCAGAAUUUGACCUUUCCAGGAUUAUUCCAUCUGAGAAGCCCAGCCAGACACUACAGUAUUUCCCUCGUGGGGAAGUGCCAGGCCGUAAGCAGCCACAGGGUGUUGGGCCUGGUUUUUCUCACAUGCAGGGAAUGAUGGGAGAACAGAAUCCAAGAAUGGGGCUGGCAUUACCUGGCAUGGGAGGGCCAGUAGGCACACCUGAUAUCCCUCUUGGAACAGCAUCAUCCAUGCCAGGCCAUAACCCAAUGAGACCACCUGCCUUUCUGCAACAAGGCAUGAUGGGACCUCACCAUCGGAUGAUGUCACCAGCACAAACAACAAUGCCUGGCCAACCCACUCUAAUGAGCAACCCAGUGGGCAUGAUUCCAGGCAAGGACCGAGCUCCUGCUGGGCUGUAUGGCCAUCCAGGACCUGUGGGUUCCCCUGGUAUGAUGAUGUCAAUGCAGGGCAUGAUAGGACCCCAACAGAACAUCAUGAUUCCUCCACAGAUGAGACCCCGGGGUAUGGCUGCUGAUGUAGGAAUGGGAGGAUUUAGCCAAGGCCCUGGAAACCCAGGGAACAUGAUGUUUUAAGCUGCUACAUAAAGACUGGAUGGUUCCAAUCCUCGUUGAGAUGAGAUUCCAGGUCCUGAGAGCUCCAGGAGCACAGUUUGGCCAUGCAAUAGGUGAAAACAGACCAGAGGAUGCUUUGGGAAAUCUCGAAUGUAUGGAAUUACCUGAAAACAAAUAAUUCAUUUUAACAGGUUGUUUUUUUAAGAUUUAUUUUUUAAAAAUUAUUUUUGUGUACUUGGGUAUCCUGUGAUGGCACCUGCUUUGAGAAUCUGUAGCUGUAUUUUGAGAAUUGCCAUUUGUCACAAGUUGCACCAUUCUCUGUAUGUUUACGUCCUUUGGACUGGCUUCUCCCAGGACUCAGUUAUUUUUGGGGGGUUAUUUUUGUGUACUGUACUAUAUUGUAAAAGGGAUUUUAGCAGAGACUUUAGUCUUUGGGGUGAGAGGCUGUUUACUUUUAGGUGGAAAAUCCAUCUUCAGAACUUUGGACUAUUUUCCUUCAACUCCAAUGUAUAGAAAAACCAAACUACGACCUCAGAGCAGAGUAUUAAUGAAAAGCACAAAAGGAACUUAAGUUCAGUGAGGGGGGAAUCUUUUAAAAAAAAAAUAAGUUAAGGACAUAUUUUUCAAAUUAUGGAGUGCUGUCCAGCACCUUUUUGUCUCUCCCUCCCACUCUUUAAAAAAAAAAGCAUCUUGGUCCUCCCCCACCCCUUUACUGUCUCCUCCUCUGGCAGCUGCAAUACAUUGUAUUACUUUGGGGAGUAUAUCUAGGAGAGCCCCUUCUCAUGCUGGGAGUGUUGCCACUUUCAGGAAGAGGCUGGACUUGGACACUGUUACGUUCUACAGUAGUCUUACUGUUUCUUAUUUUCCUUUUCUUAGAACAACCCCCCCCCCCCCCAAGUGACUUUAUUAAUGUGGGAGUGGAACAGACACUAAAAGUUAUCCUGACUUUUUUUGUGGCUAUCUUUUUUUUUUUGUUCCCCAGCGUAAAACGUUCUGUGUAACCUCCAUUAAAUUUGGUACAAAACCACUUGCCAGGGCUGUGGUGUCAGAAAAAUAAAAUAUAUUGUUUCUUA